AUGACUGACAAGGAUUUAAAUCCUCUGGAAAAUUCCAGAAUCCUUAACGUAGCUUUUCCCAGUACGAGUGAUAGUGAGAACUGUGAGAUGGUUGCACUGAACGGAAACAUCAAGAAGGAUGUCUCUGAAAACGAAGACGAAAAUUGUCCUGCACCGAUGGAUUCUUUGGUUCAAUUUACGCAGGAUCCAAUGGAAAUUCAACCGAGUUCUGAACAUUCACAAAUUCCCACACCUGAAAAUGCAUCGGAUAAACGAAGCUUCAGUACCGAAUCGAAUAGUUCUGAUAAGGAAACUACGAAUGACGGAAAUCUCAAGAAAUUUUCAAAAAUGGCCGAUGUAUUCAAUCUGAUCCCAAGCGACAUUAAAUCGAUACUCUACGAUGAACGAUCAACACCAUUCGAUCAUGGGAAUCCACGAACGUUCAGGAGAAAUGUUUCCAUUGCUUCACCGGAAAAGACAAUCGAACGAUUACGAGGAUCAAAUAUGGAUCAAAGGUCACCGCCGCUCUAUGAUUCAGACGCUGGAUACAGUGAAAGGACACCGUUGUUGGGUCCAUGCAGAUCGGUUAGCUCAUUGCCUUCCGUCGUUGGAUAUGACAGUACUCGAUCCGUAUUUGACUUCCCGGGACCAUCGACUGCUCGAUCCGAGGUUGGUCGAGAUGAACUGAGACGUAAACGGAGAAGAAUACGUCGAUACAGUCAACAAAGGAUCAUGGCCACUCAAAAAAUGAGGCCGUACAUUGCGUCUCCUUUUAUGCCGAUCGCCACCCAGUUGUCGAUACCCCUGGAACGUCGAGCGCCCAGUUCACCAAAGGAAGCGAAACGGAACUUGGCCUAUGGAAGUGCACGCCGACCGGCCGAAGAGGGACUUCUUGCCGGUGAUGAACAGCGGACCCCGAGCAGUAACGAAGAAGAAUCGUCGUCUGAAGAUGAAUCGGCAGUCACCAUUAAGGGUUCAUUUGCGGCCUUAUCGUCAAAAGAAUGGAUAACUGUUGUAAUGCUGGCAUUAGCAAAUCUAUGCUCAACAAUAGCAUUCAGCUGUAUAGCACCAUUUUAUCCUGAUGAGGCUAAAAAGAAGGGGAUGUCAGAAUCCCAGACUGGAAUAGUUUUUGGUAUUUUUGAACUUGUGAUGUUCGUUACGGCGCCUAUUUUUGGCAGAUAUAUGACAUCAAUCGGUUCGAAGAAUAUGUUCACACUUGGUCUAACUAUCACUGGAAUAACGGCUAUUCUCUUCGGGUUUUUGAACUUCCUUCCAUCGGGUCCGAUUUUCUUCUUUGCUAGUCUUCUCAUUCGAAUUUUGGAAGCUAUCGGAGAUGCUGCUUUUGUGACGUCAAGCUUUGCAAUUUCUGCAAAAUGUUUCCCUGGAAAUAUCGCCGUCAUUGUUGGGCUCAUGGAAACAUUUGCUGGACUUGGCUAUACAGCUGGUCCUUUAAUUGGAGGAUUCCUGUACGAAUUUGGAGGUUUUCAAGUCCCAUUCCUGGCUCUUGGUGUAAUUUUAAUGUUUGCAACAUUUCUAGCAUAUAUGCUUAUUGAGAACUAUAAAGACGAUGAUGUUGGCUCAUCAAAAGGAAUGCUUGCUAUGUUACGUAUUCCUGUAAUAUGGAUAAUGGUUUACGCUAUUGUUGUAUGCGCAAUUUCUCUAUCAUUCCUUGAUCCCACACUCUCAGCUCAUCUCCAAUCCUUCAAUCUCUCUCCAACAAUGAUCGGACUAAUGUUUUUGUUAUGUGGCGGAAUUUAUACUAUAUCAGCUCCAAUAUGGGGUCUACUUAUCGACAAAUUUCAUUGUACCACAUCAGUCAUGAUUUUUGGUUCUGCUACCACCGUUAUCUCAAUGGCUCUCAUCGGACCAUCACCUUUUCUUCCUUUUGAUAAAGAUCUUGUCAUCAUUGGCGUAUCGCUAGCCAUUCUUGGAGUUGCUGCUGGUGCACUUUACAUUCCUACUUUCCAGAACUGCCUGGAUGCUGUCAAAGAACACGGUUAUGAUGAUUCUUUCCGCACUUACGGAUGUGUAUCGGGUGUUUUCCAAUCAGCGUUUGCCUUUGGUGGAUUUAUGGGUCCUACUGUUGGCGGGUUUGCCGUGGAGAAGAUCGGGUUUGCGUGGACUACCACAAUUAUUGGUGCUAUUCAUGUUAUGUUUCUUUUUGUUGUGUCCAUCUUCUACAGUUCGCGUUGCUCGAGAAGGAGAGCUCAACAUAGUACUUAG